AUGAGAGACCUCCACCUCCCGCUGAACCAGACCCAGAGGGUCCGCCUCGAGGCCGCCCUCCACGAGCUCCAGACCCUCGCCCCCGCGGCCGCGUCCGCCGCCGCCGUCACCGUCGCGGACAACAUCCCCGUCAACCAUGAGGACAACAUCCUCAAAGGGCAUGGUACGACGGAUCAGGAUGGGGAGGUGGUGGCGACGCUGUGCGGCGUCGUGGAGCGGGUCAACAAGCUCGUCUACGUCCGGACGCUCCGGGCGAGGUAUAAGCCAGAGGUUGGUGAUAUUAUAGUUGGCCGUGUCAUCGAGAUUGCUCCAAAGCGCUGGCGGUUGGAGAUAAACUUUAGCCAAGAUGCCGUUUUGAUGCUUUCUUCGAUGAAUUUGCCUGAUGGAAUUCAGAGAAGAAGAACUGCGGUUGAUGAGCUUAAUAUGCGGAGUAUAUUUGAAGAAAAUGAUGUUGUCUGCGCUGAAGUUCGUGGUUUCCAACAUGAUGGAUCUCUUCAUCUACAAGCAAGGAGUCAAAAAUAUGGAAAGCUUCAGAGAGGUCAAUUGCUCACGGUGCCUGCGUAUCUGGUAAAACGCCGGAAGCUGCAUUUCCAUCAUCUAGAGCAGUAUGACGUGGACCUGAUCCUUGGCUGCAACGGUUUCAUCUGGGUCAGUGAGCACGUCGUGGUGCGUGAAAUUGCUGAGUUGAAGGAAGACGAACAGAAGCUGAGCGCUGAAGCGGAGACUUUUACCCCAAUAGAAACAAGGAGACACAUUUGCCGUCUUGCCAAUGCUGUGCGCGUGCUUUCAGCCCUAGGAUUCACUCUGACCGUCGAGCUGAUAAUUCAGACCGCGGAAGCGAGCGUAUCAUCAAAUGUCGAGAUAAACGACAUGCUCGGGGCUGAAUUCUACGUCCAGACAGCGGAGAGAGAGGCUAAGCGCCGAGGUGACCUCUUGGGAAAGAAGAGGUCCAUUCAGUAA